AUGGCCAUAGGAGCAUCUAUCAGAUGUGGUCAGAUCGGCCAUAUGAUCUGGGAUUGUCUACAGAUUACGCAUGGAGGAGCGUCAACGCCAAGCGCUAAACCCAAGAUUGUUGCGAAAGCCAAGGUUUAUGCUAUUACACCAGGAGAGGUAGACCUAGAAGCUGAUGAGACGGCAGAUGCGGGAGUGAUUACUGGAGCAUCAAGGUCUUUUAUCUCUAGUAGAUGCGUGCGACAGUGUGAGCUCAAGGCUGAGCCAAUGUCUCAAAAAGUUUUAGUAGCUAUUUCAGAUGGGAAAGUAAUUAGUUGCACAAGUGUAGUUAAGAAUUGCCUGUUGGAAAUCGCAAACUUAGUUUUGAUCGCGGAUUUGAUUGUCUUCCAUUUGAUAGAAUUUGACCUACUCCUAGGAAAGCAAUGGUUGUCUAGGCAUUAUGCGAAGAUAGACUGUUGA